CCACACUAGUUACUACAUUUAUCCCGCCAGAGUACAGCACUGUAUGUUAGGUACACAAAAAUUAUGCUAUGUCAAUUAAAAAUGUUUAUUUUAGAAUACUUUUUUAAUCCUAUCAUUAUGUAACCAUUCGUUUGUGAAAAUAUACAACAGUGUUGCAUAUUCGGGUGCCGAAAUAAUGGGAAGCAAAGCAAGAAAGCAUUUUCCAAAAGAUAAAACUUCGAAAACUAUGGGAAACCGUCACAUGCUGCAAAAUUUUCGAGCCAGUAAACGGUCAAAAAUACUCAAAAAUAUGCUCGGAACACUUCACACCUAACGACUUAUGAAAAUAUGGACUUCAUAAAGAACCAGUUAACCGCCCUUCUAUUUUCACAUGGUCUAAAACCGAAGUCUUAAAAGUGUACUCAAAGGCGACAAUGAGCUGCUAAACGUGAAGCUAAAAAUCAAAUAAUAUGUGUCCUCGUAUAAAACCCUAUAGACGGUUUUUUGUGUUUAUCAAAGUGAACUGAUGGUCGAAAAUAAUAGGGACCGGACCGCUAUCCCUUUCACGGGUUUUGAAGGGGUUUUUGGAAUGGGUUUGCUUUCGAAGGCCGUUCGGUGCUGUAACCCGUUCAAUUUGCUUUGGUAAGCGCUAUAUCAACGACUACAAAACCCUUUCUUUGAGGCUCUUCACACACGGAGCUACGCAAAUUUGCAUAGGAGCGGGGUGUGAUGAAAACUACACCCCUUUCCCCCCGCAGGCAUUGAAGGGGAAAGCCAAACAGGACUGUAGGGUUUGUAUUACAAAGUGACAACAAGCUAUCCACAGAAUACUUUAUAUGAGGCUACCGAACGACUAUAAAAAAUAAAACCGCAUACCUAUGUGGUACCGUAUUAUUAAAACAAUUUCGAUAUUAAAAUUACUGAUUGAUGUCCACGUUAUUUAAUUUUAUUGAUUCAGUACAAAUUUUGUGGACUAAAUGGAGACAACCGACGGCAAACCAAAUAGUAAGAAAAAUAGACAUUGUAAUGGAAUCGCCAAGAAAAUUGACACAACCUUUCUACAAUGGGCAGAACAUAUCACAGAUAUUGAUAUAAGUAACAAAAAUUUGAAGUGUUUGCCAGACAACGUUCAAUUUCCACCAAAUGUGUAUAAUCUGAAUUUAUCUCAUAACUUAUUUAUUGAAGUACCUAAUGUUGUAUUGAAACUUGAUAAACUGAAGAAUUUAGAUCUGUCUUACAACAAUAUAACAUAUUUCGAUGACACUCCCAGUUUCUGCCAUACUAUUGAAACACUCAACCUAGCAUACAACCAUUUAGCUAGUCCUCCGUAUUGGAUUUGGGUGAAUUCCCCAAAAAAUCUAGUUGAAUUGAACUUGAAUUGUAACAUAAACAUAACUGAAUCAUUGGUUAACAUUUACCUUGACGAGUUCUUGAAAUAUUCAGUUAAAGCAAAAACUAUUAAAAUCGCAAAUUGCCAGCUUCGAAAUUAUGUAGAAAUCCUGAGUACAUUUACAGGAGUGAAAUCACUAGAAGUCGGCAUCUCUAGUAUAAGCAGCUUCUCAAACAGACUUGAAGAAGUACCAUGCAUAGGUUUAGAUAAAUGUUGUGAUAUAGAAAGGCUGAAUCUUAGUAACACUCAGAUAUUUAAUAUUAAGAAAAACAUAGAUAUAUUUAAAAACCUUGUUGAAAUCAAUCUAUCAAUGAAUGACAUAGGGGAGCUACCUCAAGAAUUUUGUAACUUAGAGAAGUUGGAAAUAUGUGUUUUGUCUUUCAAUCGUUUACUAUAUUUACCUGAAGAGAUUUUCAAGCUGAAGAAGUUGAGGCAGCUACACUUAGAUAAUAAUGAGCUUUGUGUGUUGCCAGAGAGUGUAUUUGAAUGUGAGAGUCUUAAAUAUGUUGACUUGUACAAUAAUGGUCUUUAUGAAGUACCUGAAGUAAUUUUAAAUGUUAAUGAGUUGGAUUUGGCACAGAAUUUCUUUGAUGAACCAGAGGACGAAGAGUAUUUACAAAAGAAAGAAAUUAUCAGAAUAAAUGCCACGGACCGAUAUAAUGGAAGGAAAGUAGAACAAGAGAGACCUGACAGUGAACAUUCUUAUUGUAGCACUGAUGAUGAUGAGGAAUUCCUAAAGAGCAUAGAAGAAAAUAAAGCCAAAGACUGCCAACAAUAUGAUCCUCCAAGCUCCCCUGAAGAUUGGGACUCGGACGAAUACUGGGUGCCUUGCUUCACCCUUGUCUUGCCCCACUGUGCCUCCCCACCUGUCUCACCAUGGAUGUACUAUAUCAAGCAGAAAAUGGCUGAAGGAAACUUCUGUCCAGUCGAUGCCCAUACAGAGCCGAUUAUGGAAUUGGUGAAAUAUCAGAAUAAAUGUAAUCCCAAGGUGUGUGUGGAGGAAGAAGGGCAAUUUGAUGACUAUUCUGAUGAUGACAGCUGAUACUUUAUGAUUAUACUCGAUUAUAUAACAGCAGCAAAACUAUACUCCAUCUAUACUUAUAAUAAAACUGUAACUGGACUAUGUCUGUACAUAGGAGAUAUUUACGAAAAAUAAAUAGGAGAGGACUAUUUAGGAUCAAUAGAAGCCAAAACUAUUUUUUUUAGAUUUUUUGUCUGUCUGUCUGUAUGUUUGUACGCGCAUCACACGAAAUCUACUGAACGGAUCUGGAAAUGUGGCCUGGAUUAGAUAGAUUAGAUUUCGACAUACAAUGUAGCCUAUAUUCUAAUAUAGGCUACAUUGUAUCCCGAAAUUCUAUCCCGAAAGGUGAGAAAUAGGGAGUAGAAGUUAAUAUUAAACUUUUGUUAUCUUUGAAGUGAGACACGUACAAUUUUAGAUUUACGUUCAUCUUUAGGUUGAAGUUUCAAAAACAAGUUUGUUAUUAUUUAUUGUAAGUAUUCAUUUCAAAAAUUUUAGUUAAAAAUUCUAUAAAAAUACGGACAAUUAGUUUUACUACGUGAUAAUAGAUGGCGCCACAUGUGAACUCAUAAAAUUGAAAAUAAAAUCGUCAAAUAUAUAAUAAUUAUAGUUCCCAUUAAAUUGUAUUUUUGUUAGAAAAAAAUACAGUUUAUUUUACUCUCGCCAUCGAACUUUCACCAUUGAAUAUAGAAGCUGACUCGCUUCAAUUUUAAUCUGAUACAAGAUGGCGCCACAAGGUAAUAAAAAAAUUAAUGUCGAUUCGAAUGUCCGCCGGGAAAUUAUAUUUAUCAAACUCGAAAUACGUACACACAUAGGAGCUUUUGGAUUUUCAAUACGAAUAAAACAAUACCUUUUUCUUUUGCCUUAAAGGUAUCAAAACUAUCCCUUCUCGAAAACGAUCGACGACGAUCGAUUUGACUACCUCGGUGGCGCAGUGGUAAAGUUCUUGCCUCUGAACCGAGAGGUCCCGGAUUCGAUCCCCGGUCGGGUCAUGAUGUAAAAUGAUCUUUUUCUGAUAGGCCCGGGUCUUGGAUGUUUAUCUAUAUAUUUAUUUGUUAUAAAAUAUAGUAUCGUUGAGUUAGUAUCCCAUAACACAAGUCUAGAACUUACUUUGGGGCUAGCACAAUCUGAGUGAUUUGUCCUAAUAUAUUUAUUUAUUUUUUAUCUAAUUGUUAGUGCAAGUCUUUAAAAAAGUAAAGGUACGCCCGCCAUACUGGCCAGUAAGAGUGCAAAAACAUGAUACAACAGAACAGAUAUAUACAGAUCAUAGAUGUCAAUUAUUGAUGUUGUCAAAGAGUUUCAGUCCUAACAUUAACCCAAUGUAUACAGAUAGAUCAGUUGCAAAACCUAGCCAUGACAAGUUGCCGAAGAUUAAUAUACCAACCUUCACUGGAAAGUACACUGUUGUUCUUGUUGUCACUAUGAUUCAUAAUAAUAAGUUGUUAGACAAUGUUCAAAGGCUACAUUAUCUACAAGGAUGCUUAAGUGGCGAAGCAGAGCAACUUGUUCGACAUAUUCCAGUGUCAGAGUCGAACUACGAUUUCUGUUGGCAAAAACUCGAAAAACGAUACAAUAAUAAGAAAUAUUGAUGUCAUAACAUUUUAAAAAGAUUAUUGUCAGAGUUUUUUCAGCAUACUGAAAAAUUAAUUCCAAAAAUUCUUUUUUCUCGUCAGCCCAUAAAAUAGACUAUCCGUAUGAAAAAUAAUUCACCAGCUCAAACUCCUGAGCUUUAGUAAAGACUGGUACAAAUCUUCCAAGGAAUUUUUUCGCUGAUCCUUUUUUUUAGGUGUCUCUGCAGUGUCGACAAAUUGAUACCAUAUUUCUUGGCAACUGCAUUUACUGAUGUUUUUUUUAGAUUCCUCCAUUGCCAAUUUCAUUGUUUUCUCGUCCCAUGAUGCAUUUCUUGGUUUUCUUCUAUAUUUGUUGACCAUCUAAAAAGUACGUUUGUUUGGUACUUUGUACCUCUUCACACUUUAUUUACUUAACAAAUCUUGAAAUUUCACAUAUCAGUCGCAUGAGUACGAGAAAGGGCAACUGAAAAGUAUUAUUCCUGUGGAAUUUGCUAGGAAUUACUCUGCAAAAUUGCAUUGCUUUAUUUAUCCAUUCAUACAGUCAUGGAUACAGAUCAAGGCACUUCUAGCUUCCAGCCCAAUAAUUAGCAUUAAUUUUUCAUUGGGAAACAUAGAAGGUUGCAGAAGUACAUCUGAAACGGUCAUGCUUUAGGGUUUCAUCUCUUAAAUUAAAUGUUACCGUGGGAAAUGUACGCGGGCGAAGCCGCGGGCAAAAGCUAGUUUGUUAAUAAAACAAUCUUGAUAUAACUUUUUCUAUUAAAAUCAAUAUAUUGGUACUUUUAUAAAAUUAAUUUAAUUAUAUUAAUAAUGAAUGAUGUAAUUAGUUAUUUUUAAUUAUAUUUCGAUAGACAUUGUAAAAUUGUGUGCAUUUACAUAAACAAACGGGGCAUAGACACAUUGUUUUUUUCUUUAUACAUUGUCUAUUUCCAUAAAAUUUACCGUGAAUUUGUUAUGAAUGUGAAUAUGUUGUUAAGUUUGUAAUCAUGAUCUACCUUAGGACAUUGGUGGAUUUAGAAUUAAUAGAAUUAGUAGACGGAGAUAGAGACCAAAAUUGCCAUCUAUAAAACAAUUUAAGGCUGGUGCACAGAAAAUGCAUAAUGCAGCACUCAUCAUCACACAAUGUAUGCAAGGUUGCAUUCACAUACUGCAUUUGGUCUGCACUGACCUUUAGUAAAUAAGCAAAUGGAACAAAUAACCUUAGAGCCAUGCCUCAUUGCUACGUUACGCUCUGUUGCGACGUUACAACUCCGUCGUGCUUUGUAAACUAUAGAAAUAUAGUUUAUGACAUUGAUGUGUAUUGAUUUACUUCGAAACUCCAUGAUCUUCUGUGUUGAUCCGUCAAUGAGCGACAACAUGACGGAAGACGACGGAGCGCAACGGAUCAAUGGGGAAUGGCUCCUAGUUGUAUUUACUGAAUGAUAUUUGCAUGCCUGACAAAAAAAAGUCUAAAAUAAAAAAUCAAUAAUUUUAUUGAACAACCUAUCAAUAAACAUGUGAAAAUAUAAUAGUAGUUUAUAUUAUCACUGCAGUAGUAAUGACAAUCAUAGAAGAAUGAGUACUUAUCUAAAAAUACUUGAUUAUUUCAUAUAACAUUCAGUGUCCUCUUCAUUUCCUCCAUGAUUGCCUUGUCAAUUGUAUUCCUAUUUUCUCUUGUUACC